GCCGACCCGGGGUUCCGGGGGCUCCGCGCCGGCCCACGUCUGGCUGGUGGCCGCACGCGGCUUACGUUAUUGCUGUUUUAUUGCCGCUACCUCACAUUCGCUUUGUACAUACACGUUUCUUCACUCUUUUCACAUUGGUUCCCUCACACGAAAUGGCUAAUAAUCUGGAAGAUGGAGGCAGCUUCGUUCUCCUUGAGAUAGUUGUGCAGUCAUAGAAAGUUCGUGCUGCGGAGGACUUUGGAGAUGGUUGAUCCCAUUCCUUCAUUGUAGAGAAGGCACACGCUGAACUGUUUCAUGAGUAUUGGAGAGUCACCCAGCUAGAUUUAAGCCUUCGUGGCUUCUGAAGAAAAUGGCAGAAACAUCGCCAGAUCCUUCUGGGCAGCUUGUCGUACACUCGGUCACUCACAGUGACACUGUCCUGGCCAGUUUUGCGGAUCAGAGGAAGAAAGGCUUUCUCUGUGACAUUACUUUAAUUGUGGAGAACGUACAUUUCCGGGCCCACAAAGCCUUACUUGCUGCCAGUAGUGAAUACUUCUCAAUGAUGUUUGCAGAAGAGGGUGAGAUUGGCCAAUCCAUUUAUAUGCUGGAAGGCAUGGUUGCAGACACCUUUGGCAUCCUGCUCGAAUUUAUCUACACAGGUUAUCUCCAUGCCAGUGACAAAAGUACAGAACAAAUCCUGGCUACUGCUCAGUUCUUAAAAGUCUAUGACCUGGUAAAGGCUUACACAGACUUGCAAAAUAAUCACAGCUCCCCAAAGCCAACAACUUUGAACACUGCUGGUGCUCCAGUGGUUGUUAUCUCUAAUAAGAAAAACGAUCCUCCAAAGCGGAAAAGGGGAAGACCAAAGAAAGUCAACACACUGCAGGAGGAGAAAUCAGAACUGGCUGCAGACGAAGAAAUACAGCUAAGAGUGAAUAAUUCAGUUCAGAAUAGACAAAACUUUGUGGUUAAAGGAGGCAGUGGUGUACUGAAUGAGCAGAUUGCAGCAAAAGAAAAGGAAGAAUCGGAGCCUGCUUGUGAACCAAGUAGAGAGGAGGAAAUCCCAGUUGAAAAAGAUGAGAACUAUGAUCCCAAAACCCAGGAUGGCCAGGCCAGCCAGAGUCGCUACAGCAAGCGGAUGAUUCGGAGAUCCGUCAAACUUAAAGAUUACAAACUUGUUGGGGAUCAGGAGGACCAUGGUUCAGCCAAGAGGAUAUGUGGAAGGAGAAAGCGCCCUGGAGGCCCUGAAGCUCGUUGUAAAGACUGUGGCAAGGUCUUUAAGUACAAUCACUUUUUAGCAAUCCACCAGAGGAGCCACACAGGGGAGCGACCUUUCAAAUGUAAUGAGUGCGGAAAAUGCUUUGCCCAGAAGCACUCUCUCCAGGUCCACACCAGGAUGCACACAGGCGAGCGGCCGUACACCUGCACCGUGUGCAGCAAGGGUCUGACCACCAAGCACUCACUGCUGGAGCACAUGAGCCUGCACUCAGGACAGAAGUCUUUUACCUGUGAUCAAUGUGGAAAAUAUUUCAGCCAGAACAGACAACUAAAGAGCCAUUACCGAGUUCAUACAGGCCACUCAUUACCAGAAUGCAAAGACUGCCAUCGCAAAUUCAUGGAUGUGUCUCAGCUAAAGAAACACCUGCGAACACACACAGGUGAGAAGCCGUUUACUUGUGAAAUCUGUGGCAAAUCUUUCACAGCAAAGAGUUCUCUUCAGACCCACAUCAGAAUCCAUCGAGGAGAAAAGCCAUACUCAUGUGGCAUCUGUGGCAAAUCCUUCUCUGACUCCAGUGCCAAGAGGAGACACUGCAUUCUACACACUGGCAAGAAGCCUUUCUCCUGCCCUGAGUGUAACUUACAGUUUGCUCGCCUAGACAAUUUGAAGGCUCACUUGAAAAUUCAUAGCAAGGAGAAGCAUGUGUCAGAUGCCAGCAGCAUUUCUGGCGUUAAUAAUACAGAAGAGGUCAGGAAUAUUCUUCAGCUACAGCCAUAUCAACUCUCUACCUCGGGAGAGCAGGAAAUUCAGCUUCUUGUAACUGAUUCUGUACAUAACAUCAAUUUCAUGCCCGGUCCUAGCCAGGGAAUCAGCAUUGUGACUGCAGAGAGUUCCCAGAACAUGACUGCAGACCAGGCUGCUAAUCUCACCCUGCUCACGCAGCAACCAGAGCAACUGCAGAAUUUAAUUCUUUCAGCUCAACAGGAGCAAACAGAACACAUUCAGAGCCUCAAUAUGAUUGAAAGCCAGAUGGGGCCCUCACAGACAGAGCCAGUGCACGUGAUCACUCUGUCCAAAGAAACUCUGGAACAUCUUCACGCCCAUCAAGAACAAACAGAGGAGCUCCAUUUAGCUACAAAUACUUCCGCUCCAGCUCAGCACCUGCAGCUGACACAGGAGCCUGAUGCGCCGCCACCCACUCACCACGUGCCACAGUCAACGCCGCUUGGCCAGGAGCAGAGCUGACCUGUAAACAUGUUUGACUGCUUGAUUAGGCUCUUCUCAUAAGCCAGCUCUGACCGGAUUUUGAAUGCUUAGGGCUCUCCAUACCAUUGACUUGCAGUUCCUUUGAUGACGACUGAUGUUUGCAAUGCUCACCAUCCAGGUAGCAAGAUCUGUGUGUGUGUAUGUCUUGUCUAAGGUACAGAUUUGGAUUUAGCAUUUCAAUAUUGUUGAUUGGUUUUCAUUUUCAUCUGCAACAUCUCGUAAAGACUCGGGUAGUUUUUCUCUGGGGGCAUUGAUUUCAAGUUUUCUAUAAGGUUUAAAUGUUCACAGCCAUAGGUUAUGGUCUUACCAGUCUCCCCAGUUUUUUGUUUUGUUUUUUAAUUUUCUAAGACAAAGGAAGUCAUAUCUUGGUUGAACUGGGCAGAAUGAUUGGUUCCAUUUUCUUAUUUUUCUUAGGCAACACAGUUGUUACCAAUACAAGUCAGGGCUAAAUAUGAUAGAUCACAAUGUUUGAGAAAUUUGUCCUUUUAAUUACUUCCAGUCCCCGAAGACAAAGUGAGUCUCAAAGUUUUAUCUUUGUGCAGUACGGUGGGCUCAUCCUGUCAUGCUUCAGGAAGAGUCAGACUCAUAAACUCAGUAUUUUAAUUCAAAAUUCAUGUAACAAGAUAGCCAAAAGUAUACGAUUUAAAAAAAAAAUUCUGAAUUCAUCUUUUCCAAGAAACAUAAAUUUACAUAUUUUUUUAAAUCACGCUAUCAAAAUUUUAAUUAAGUCUGAAAUACAAAAUUGGAUCAAGACAUUCACCCAAAAUUCUGAAUUUUUGUCAGAAAUGAAAUUUGAUUUUCAUGAAGGUAAAGCUUUCUUAACUAUCCUGGAACAUAAAACUUUAUUCAGUGUAAUUUCAGUCUUAUAUAAACUCAACUGAAUUCUAACUUGAAAUUAGAUCUCCUGAAAAUGUUGAUCUGUGUGUUGUAUCUUAUAAUGUUCUGGAGAUAGAAGCUUAUAAUUCAUUUUUAUGCCAGAGUAGGUUAAAUCCCACAAAGUAAAUAUCUUCUAAUCUUUUCUUUUUUAGAGAUAGCGUCUCACUCUAUCACCCAGGCUAGAGUGCAGUGGCACAAUCAUUGCUCACUGUAACCUUGAAUUCCUGGACUCAAGCAAUCCUCCCACCUCAGCCUCUCCUAGUAGCUGGGACUGCAGGGAUGUACCACCACACCCAGCUAAUCAUCUUCUAAUCUUAAAAAUAACUUUGAGCCUCAGAGACUUAGUAGCCAGCAUGUAUCUGUAAUUAUAUGAUUUUUAAAUCAUCAUCAAAAAAUUAAAUUAUGUUUGGGUUAGAUUUUCAAGCUAAGCAUAUUUUAUUGAAUUCUUUUACCACUGUCAUGUAAGCUGGUAGGGAAUUUUUGAGAAAAGGUGAUGGGCACUAGUAUGUCUAAAUUAACAAUGCUGAUAGAGAGUAGGGGUAAUCUAUAAAAUUACUGGAGUCUUUCUAU